AUCAUCAUCAUCAUCAUCAUCAUCAUCAUCAUCAUUAUUAUUAUUUUUAUUUUUAUUGUUAUUAUUAUUAUUGUUAUUAUUUCCUUUUUUAAGUAAAGUAAGACUAAGACAUACCAAAUGAGAAAUAUAAGGACAAGUUUUGUUAGGUUAGUACUAUCGCAUAUCAAGAACGCAAGAAUACAUGCGCCUGAAGCACUCUGUAUUGCCUAUGCACGUCCCGGUGAAACGUAUCUGGGGCGCACAAGACCACUUUUACUCUAGCAAGAGUAUACGACUAGAAGUAUUAAUAUUUAAUAUUAAUAAUCAACGCGGAUUGUCCAGAAUGGAUGGUCAUGUUUUUGAGGAUCAACAUCGAGCCAUUUUGAACAAAAAGGAACAAACGAAUUUUAAAAAAAAAAGAAGACGAAAGAAAGAAAGAAAAAAAAAAAAGAAAAGUGUAACAUAAAGAGGAAAUUUGACUUUUUUUUUUUUUUUUUUUUUUUUUCUUCCAUUUUUCGGUCAUUCGUUGUUUCUGUUUCGUUUUUAUUUUUUUGUUUUUUAUCGGCCAAUUGAUCCUUAGAAAAAUUUCCUACUUUUCUACCGUCCAUAAGGACUCCAAGUUUAACAUUAGUCUUUUCCUUUUCUUUUCGCAACAUCGCUUUUUUUUUUUUCUCCUCCUUUUUAUGCAAGACAUUUUUUUUUUUUUAAGCGAAUCUUCUUCCUCGCGAGAGUACAAAUUGCAUGGGACUUUUGUUAACCCUGUUGGUGCCAUAAACAUUUUUCAAAAUAUUUGAUUUUAUUAUCCUGCGCAUAACUUGAAACGAUUAUACACGUUUCACGAUACGUACAUAUAUAUACAUAUAUAUAUAUAUAUAUAUACAUGUGUAUAUAUAUAUAUGUAUAUGUACAUCGCGUCGGUAUUAUUUCUCUAUUCGCUUUUGGGCACCAAAACGGUUAACGAUUAACUUUGUACGAUUUAUUAAACGAAAUUAUCAAUUCGUUUAACAUAAUAUACAUUAUAUUUCAUAUUUUUUUUCUCAUAUAUAUUUUUUUUUUUUUUUUUUUUUUUUUUUUGUAACGAAGAGAUCGCGCGUAUGCCAAACCGUACGUCUCAAAGACUGAUGGCCAUUCAUUUGGAAGUUCUUGUAAUGGUAAUCUCACGCCGCGCGACCUUGUGACCGUAACAAGAUCGGCGGGCUACAUCGACAUUGUAUGGGAAGACGGGACAAGACUAGCCUAUUAUUGGCGAACGAUGCCCGAUCGCCGUGCGCAUCGUACAAUGAGACUAAAAAAAUUGAUAUCAUAAUUAUGUGUCGUUUGAUAUAAACGAGUAAUGAAUAUAGUAUGUAUCAUCGUUUUAUACACAACUUAAUUAUAUCUACGUACACUAUGUACAUUCCUAGUAUACACUAUGUCACUGUCACAUACAUUGCAUUACACGCGCAUUACAAAAGAUUUGAAAAAAAAAAAAAAAAACGCAUGGACCUAUUGUAUACGUGUACGCGCGUGUGCAUUCGCACGCAGGGAUAAGCGUGUACGCGUGCGCAUGCACGGACGCGCAUGCAGAGACACAUACACAUAUGAAUAUAUUUAUAAUAAUUAUAUAGCUAUUCCAAAACGGACCACCGCGACAUCGACGUACGAAGAUCACUUAAAAUUACUGAACAAAAAAAAAUACAAACGCGAUAGGAGAAAUGGAAGAAAAAUAAAAUAAAAAAAAAAAAAUAUAAAAAAAAACACAAAAAAAAAAAAAGUAAUAAUGGAAGUCGGGGAAAAAGAAAUGUGAGAAUCACCCUAAUAAAAUCGGCGAUUAAAAAAAUGCGUAUUUAAAAAAUAAUGGAAUCGUCGGUUAAAAUUAAUCAGCGUUACAUUUCGUUGUUAAGAGAACAGCACCGCCGUUAUCAGUGUCUCAUGUAUAACAACGUAAUCGAGUCUCUGUCAAUUUUCAAAUACUCGAGAAUUUCCGAGUGUAUACGUAAUAUAUACAGGAAAGUACGAAGAAAAAACAAAAUAUAAUAAAACACGCAUGUAUAGCAAGAAGAAAAAAAAAAAAAAAAAAAAAAAAGGUUGUUACACUUGAGCACAAUAGAGAGAACAAAGUAUAUGAGUAUAGUUUUACACGAAGGCUUUAUCGCCCAUUUAAUUUUAUACUUGAGACACGAAGAAAAAGGCUGAAACGGUUAGACGAUAAAAACAAUUCGAAACCCCUCAGUUCUGCGUUCUCGUUCUUUCUCUCUUUCCGCUGUCCGUGAGAAAUGAAAAGUAAAAAAGUAAAAAAAAAAAAAAAAAAAAAAAAAGAACAAAACGAAACAAAAUUAGAAUUUUCUUUUUUUUUCUUUCUCUCUUUUCUACCGAUGAUAAAAUCAUCAUAUGCAUGAUCAUUGCGUACACACACACACACACACACACACACGCAAGCAUUACACGCAUGCGCAUUCAUAUCGCAUCCGUUUCGUACAGAAAACUUCCUCUUCCACUGCCUCUAUUCGUCUCCUUUUUACUUUUCUCCCUAUUUUCCUCUUUCUCUCUUUCUUCUCCGUCUUCUGUCUCUUUCAAUCUGAAUUUCUACUUCAUUUUUAAGAUUUUAAUUCUCGUUUAUUUACUUAAUAUAAUUACGUGUAACGUAAAUAAAACGUUUUGAAAAUCAUCGAAAGAUGCGAUAACGGGCACUGAUCGAUCGAUGGAACGACGUCGCGUUCUCGCUUCUGCGGAAUAUUGUUUCUCAUUAGCAGCCAAAGUUUAGAAUUUUGUGUUUAUCUCUAAUUUUUUUUUCCUCACGAACCGCGUCCUGUUUUAUUCCUUUCAUUGUUUUUCUUUCAUUGUUCUUUCCAUCCAUCUUUCUCACUUUUUCUCCCUCUUCCUUUAUCGUUUUAUCUCUUUUUCUCUUUUUUACACUCAUACACGAACACGGGACAUAUAUGUUUGACAUAUUAUUAUAUUUACUAUUAUUUUAAUUAUAAUUUCCCAGAAGUAUAUAUUAUCUUUAAUAAUCGUGGUAAUUUUUAGACUAGAAAAACAUUAUAUUAGCGGAUAGAGAUUAAAAAUAUACAUAACAAAAUAAAAUAAAAUAUAUAUAUAAAUAUAUAUAUUAUAUAUAUAUAUAUAUUGAUAAAAUAUUGAGAUCGUAAUUAGAAAUUGGGUCGAGCGCAUACAAUGCUGAAAGACGAUAAUGAUAUUUACGCGUAAGGAUGUUAAAAAGGUCGAGCAGAUGGAUUAAAAGCGGUCUUGGCUAAUGUGGCCAAGCUGCUCGCAGAGAAUAUUCAAUGAUUGAACAAAAAAAAAAAGAAGAUCAGUAAAUGUAAAUGUUUGUAAACAAAUUAUGAAACAUUAUUUGUUCAGUGCCUACAUAUUUACACAGUAACAAUAAAGAUGAAGAUUAGCGAAUAUUCAUUUGUCUCUUUUUUCACCAAAAAAAAGAUACGAUUUCGAUUCAUCGAUCGAAACCAGUUGCCGCAAGCGAACCAUAUUAAUUACCAUUAAAGUACACGCAGAUCGUUAAAAAAGUACCGCAAUGCGAACGAUCGUUUUCCAGUAUUUUUAUAUAACUGAUAUACAUAUUGAUAUUAAAAAUAAAUGAGUGAAAAACUGUGUCUUCUUUCGUAGCCUGGCAUAAUGUCUGUGGAUUUAAAUUACAAUUUAACGUCACUGUCGUCUCGCGGCGAGAUCAAAGCGAUUCGACCUUUCCGAGCCGUCCAGGAAAUACAAACAUCUCGAUACGGCAUUCGUUUCAUCUCAAUUCGCUCUUUUGUCCGAAUAUUACAUUUCGAAAAUUUCAUCAACAAUUUUUAAUAAAAACCUCAAUAAAACCAUUUGAAAAUUCAACAACGUUAAAUCACAUUUUUUUUAAGUACCAACAAAACGUACAAUAUCAUAUUUCACGCCUUCCUUUUCCAAUCAUUGAAUUAUUAAUUUCUAAACUACAAUGUUACAGACCAAUCGUUUAGAUUGAUAAUUAAAUUGUAUAUUUUUAUAUAUACAAUUAUCGUAAUUUUUUUACAGGAAUGUGUAAUACAUAAAUACUUGAAUAUACGAAAUAUACGGAUUCAAGUAUGGAGGCAUCAUCCCCACCAUCAGAUCCUUUCUUCGCGAUCGUUGGUUAGGCUAAAGUGACAUCCUACCUCGGCACUCGGCAGUUGAAUUUCGAAACUCGACUGUGGUGGAUCGAGACGUCUUUCGUUUAUCGUUUAUUCGCGAUCUUUCGUCUUCCAUCUUCUCGUAAAAAAGUUGCGUGCGCGCGAUUUUGCCAGUUUUCUUUCUUAUUUGUUUCUUGUAAUUUCUUUUUAUUGUUCGCGAUGCAUGUCUCGCUCAUGCAAAAACUUCCGAUGCCACAGGUGUCGAACUUCUUUUAUCCGUUCAACACUAGCCUCGAAGAAGAGAUCAAGAGAUUAUUUGUCAAUUUUUCGAUCGAGACAGAAAACACGUCUGUUCCAAAUGUCGAAGAUGUAAUGGAGGAGUUCCGUCAUAAUGGACGUGAUUUUGAAUAUUGUCCAGAUCUGGACAAUGUUACAAUGCCAGAAACGACACCACGCCGCAAGAAAAAUAAGAAACCUUUGCCUACAGAAUGCGUUUUCUGUAGAAAUAAUGGCGAAGAGGAGGCUUAUUACCGUAAACAUUUGCUGAAAGAUGCUGAUGGUCGCGUCUCCUGUCCAGUUUUAAGGGCUUAUACGUGUCCAAUUUGUGGUGCGUGUGGAGACAUUGCUCAUACGGUCAAGUAUUGUCCAAAAGGCACCAAAAAUCCUGGUACAUUGGCAACAGUAAAUGCGUUCAAACUGUUGAGAAACUCUAUGGGCAAACGACGCGUCAAAUAAAACACCGUGGCACUCGAGCACGUGUCACCAUUCUUGUGCCAUAAAACAUCAAAAGUAUAUCUUCUUUUCAAGGAUUUCGAAGAAGUGGUGCCUCCUCUCCAUCCUUAACAACUCUCGCGAGCGUUUCGGUAUCAUCUGCUGGCAGGUAAUUUUACCGUCGUCGCAUCUUUUCAAAUAUAAACGAACCGAAGUGCCUUAUGCCAGGAAUGUACAUUAAAUUCCUAGUAACAAUUUCUCUAAACAAUGUUACCAUUCGUUGCUCGGUUGCCAUCGGAUCUUACGAAAUUUAUCUUAUCGAUUAAGCAAAAGAGAGAAAAAAAAGAUUCUACAUUUAAUUUACUUUGUCUUUGUUUUCUGUUCUUAUAUCAAUUUAUUUAUUUCGGUUUGGACAAUCGUAUCUAGUGAAAAAGAAAUAUAAAAUAAACCACCUUGGAAGCUUGGAGGCAAACUAUGAAAAAGAUUAUUAUUCGAAUCGUAAUAUGAAUCGUCUAGAGUUUAGAUAAUCAAGAGGCUGUAUCCAAAGACAUUUUAGUCAUAAGAAAUUAUUUAUACGAAACGGUGCCAUAUACUCUCGCCAAACGUGUCACUUCUCUGUAAAGUUUCCUUUGCGA